AUGGUCGCACAGGACGCUUCGCAUAUUCAUCUCACCGACACCGGGGAGAUUCACCCUCAAGCCCACACCGACCUAAAAGAUUUUUUUUUCAAUGAUGUACACUUCGGCACUGCUCCUAGCGGAAUAAGACGCCAACUACUUCAAGUUCCGAUUGAAGACUUCUUCGAUUUGUGCGUGCGCGAAUUGGUCAAUGCGGAAGAUGGUCAUGAGGAUAAGAAGAAGGACCGGAACGACCGCCUCUGGUUUAUUAUAAGCUGUGCGACGCAUCCCGAGGCGGACGUCGACGGGACGUUGGGGCCUGAGCUGUGGAAGUACUACGAGUGGACGACUUGGUGGCCCAAAGACGAGCUAUCACCAGUCCAUCGUAGCUCCACGUUUGAAUUGCAGAAGGAGGCAGUGGAAGAAGAAGACACCGUUAUGUGGCCCGGUCUGACAUGGUUUCUCGAGGACGAGAUACGCAUCCAAGAUGGGUACGCCGCGGAAAACAUCGAGCAUGUCAUCAAGCACUUUCUCUGGCUCUUACUGAACACCAUCGACGUUCACCUCGUCGAUCAUCGACUGGGUCUUAGUGAUCGAUAUCCCGACGAAGAGACCGCGAGCGUGCUGCAAGAAGGUUAUGACGUGCUAAAUCGGUCUUCGAAGUUAGUGCUGCGGAAUCCCUUUUCAGACAUCCCCAAGCCUGUGCGUGAGGCCUUGGCGACACUCAAUACCAGGGGUAACAUCGAGUACGUCGGAAUGUGCCCUCUACAUGCCCUCUACCAUGCUGUUCCACCGGAGCUCUUGCAUGCAUCCGCGUACAUUUACUUCCUCCAUUGGGCCUUGGCCGAGGUCGAUCAUUUGAAAGCAGAUCCAGACGGCACCAUACGUGCAAAUCUGCUGAAGCUGCACAUGGUAGGUGCGCCAGAGGGGACUAGAAGCGAUUGUAGACAUUCCUGGACACGCCCUGCAGGUAUGGGCGACGUGGUUACCGAACAGCUCGAAGCCCACGUGAAUCGCUAUCUCGACGAUGGCCCUGGUGCGGACGUUCCAUUAGAGCCGACCGGACCGCGCAUUGAUCCCGACGGGCUGUGUGAUGUGGUGAGCACGCCAGAAGCAACCGACCGCUGCCCAAUAUGCCUUGAAGAUUACGCGGACGUUGACAACGUGUGCGUGCAACUAAAGGCUUGUGCGCAUCUACUACAUCGUGGAUGCUUGGAUGAAUUGGUGAACGGGGUGUAUCCCGGAGUUCCUGAGAUCAGAUGUCCGGCAUGUCGGAGAGGUAUAUGUAAGGCCCGCGACUAUACCGCAGUGCUGGACAACGAGGUUCGAGAUGAAGCUUCAUAG